ACAUCUUUACACUCAGAUAAAAAUUGGUGGCCGGUUAAAAGCUGCGCGUAAAAGCGCAUUUCCAAACGUUUUGAGCUGUUUUUUUUUCUCCUUCCACCUAAUUGCUGCGUUCAGUCGUCCCGCACAAUCCACGGAACCGCAAACAAAAAUAAGGCACGAAGAGUGAAACUGCUGCACAUUUCAGCGAGCUGAAAAACCGUUUGUUUCUUUAAGGAAGAGUCAGUUAACGCAGGGAUGCAGCGCUUCAGGGCAGGUGUCCCUGAAGGCGCCGCGGAUCAAACCGGAGCAGGAGGACCUUCAGAUGACGGGAAGCUCUGUCCGUGGUGAGCGAGGACCAGCCCAUAUUCGAGCCGCCCUACACCGCUGCCCCGGUCAUGCACGUCAAGGUGGAGAUGAUGUCACCUGGCGGGUACAGCCAGACCUCCAGACAGAGUCCAGAGCCCACCGAGCCGGAGUGGGUGGGCUCGGCGGCACAAAACGCCGGGAAGAGAGGCGAACACGUCAACGGGACCAGCCGGGAGUCUCCGGUGGACUGCAGCGUCACCAAGCGCUCCAGACACAUGAGCAGCGACGGGGCCCCGCUGCCGUACCAGGCCUCGUACCCGGAGCCUCGGGUCAGCCCCCAGACCGCCACCCCGCCCAGCAGCGCCACCGAGGAGAAGAGGGUCAUCGUUCCGGCAGAUCCUGAGGUUUGGACACAGGACCACGUGCGGCAGUGGUUGGACUGGGCCAUCAAGGAGUACGUCCUGGAGGAGGUGGACGUCGUGCUGUUCCAAGCACUCGACGGCAAGGCCCUGUGCAAGAUGACUAAGGAAGACAUGAUGCGGCUCACGUCGGCCUACAACGCAGACAUCCUGCUCUCACACCUCAGUUACCUCCGACAGAGUAGCCCCACGUUCUCGUACUCCUCCAAUCCUACAAACACACCACCACCACCACCACAACAGCAACAACAACCCAGACUGCAGGUGAAAGCAGAGAGUGGUUUUGAUGAGAUCAGCCGCAGGAACAGCUGGCCGUCAAACACCAUGACUGCAGUGCCCAAAGGUUCUUCCAUGGAGCACCAACACAGCACACGAGUUUCAGAACCUCCUUCAAGAAUUGUGCAAGAUCCGUAUCAGACAUUAGGGCCCAUCAGCAGCCGACUGGCCAACCCAGAAGGCCAGGCCCUCAGCUCAUCCAAGAACCGAACGGGCAAACAAAGUCCAUACAAGCUCCCUGACCCCAGCGCUCACAGGCCUGUGGGUAGGUUUCUGCCCCGAUGUCUGUCGCUUCCUCCAAGCCACACAGUGGAAAGGUCACAUUUGACUGGCUCGGGGCAGAUCCAGCUGUGGCAGUUCCUCCUGGAACUGCUGUCUGACAGCAACAACGCCGGCAUCAUUACCUGGGAGGGCACAAACGGUGAAUUCAAGAUGACCGACCCAGACGAGGUGGCCAAGCGCUGGGGCGAACGCAAGAGCAAGCCCAACAUGAACUACGACAAGUUGAGCCGCGCCCUGCGCUACUACUACGACAAGAACAUCAUGACGAAGGUGCACGGCAAGCGCUACGCCUACAAGUUUGACUUCCAGGGCAUCUCGCAGGCACACCAGAAUCACGCAGCAGAAGGCGGGAUUGUUAAGUACCAGACUGAGAUGUCUUACGUGCAGCCCUACCACAGCCACCAGCCCAAAAUGAACUUCAUGAGUGGCCAUCCUGCACCUAUGCCCGUCUCCCCUGGCAACUUCUUCGGCCCUCCGUCGACAUACUGGAACUCACCAAACAGCCCCAUCUACCCUGGGUCAGCCAUGACCAGACAUCCUGCCACUCACUCCCACCUGAGCUCGUACUACUGAGGAUGUUCAUUUCGCACCGAACAGGACGACACAGGAGACAAACCCAAGUGUGCUACAAAACAAACGCACCCCGGCAGCACCUGAGCUGAACCCUGUCUGAAAUGAAGGUGGUAUGACGCUACGGUCCGUGUUGUAAAGGCAUUAUGAUGUCGUCUUCAUCACAUUCCUUCUCAAAAAUGGACAAAAAAGUGAGGUUUAAUUAACUCUGGCAUUGUACUCUUGCAAGAGUUUUUAGAAUAUACCAAUGACAUACUGUAUUAACGGUUAUUCAGUUGUUAUGAAAGUUUUCUUCACAUUUGUAAGUACUUUAUUUGAUAUUACCUGUUGCAAAGAUAAAAGUCUUUGCUGUGUGAGUAGCAUAACGGUUUUGUAACUGUUCUUUUCCACAUCACAGGUCGAAACUGCAGUUAUGACAUUCAAAGACCUGACAUUUUGUAAAAGAAUUUGUACAGAAUGAUGUAGCAAUGAAACAUUUAAGCAUGAUGUAAAGCUAAUAAAUAACGCUUGCACCUGAGAA